AUGUACUCAGCACUCCUGACCCUUGGCUGUGUAGCCCUCGCGUCUGCCCACGCAGGACAUGAUCAGAAGACUCUCGCGGGACCCCAUGAAUCAUUAUGGUAUAACAAACUACCCGGAGAUGGCGGCACACAGGCGGACUCUGUCUUCUCCGGCAUCUCUACCUUUGGCCGUCUGCCAUACGAACCUUGCCUAAAAAAUCGCGAUGCUAAAUACGAUAUUGCCUUCAUUGGUGCUCCAUUUGACACCGGAACCUCGUAUCGUCCAGGCGCUCGCUUUGGGCCAUCCGGCAUCAGACAAGGUUCCCGACGAUUGAAUCUCUAUGGAGGCUAUAAUGUUCCUCUCAAAACCAACCCAUUCAAUAGUUGGGCCACUGUUCUCGAUUGUGGUGAUAUCCCCGUAACAUCGUAUGAUAAUUCCUACGCCCUGCGCCAGAUUGAAGAGGGCCACUUCGAGAUCCUUUCCCGUUCUCCUGCAACUGAUGCCGACAAGCGAGGUCCCGCGAUUAAAGGACGAACUUUACCGCGCGUAAUCACACUUGGGGGUGACCAUACCAUUACCCUGCCGCUUUUGCGAUCGAUCAACCGAGCUUAUGGCCCAGUGUCAGUCAUUCAUUUUGACAGCCAUCUAGAUACCUGGAAGCCAAAGGUUUUCGGAGGAUCUCCAUCAGAAGUUGCGUCCAUAAACCACGGCACCUACUUUUACCACGCCUCUCAGCAGGGUCUGCUCGCCAAUGACAGCAACAUCCACGCCGGUAUUAGAACAACACUGAGCGGGCCUAGCGAUUACGACAACGAUGGUUACUGCGGCUUCGAAAUUGUCGAAGCGCGCGAGAUCGAUACCAUCGGUACCGAUGGAAUCAUCAAGCGAAUUGUCGACAGAGUUGGAACCGAGAGACCCGUGUAUCUGUCGAUCGAUAUUGAUACUCUUGAUCCUGCCUUUGCUCCUGCGACUGGAACCCCUGAAACGGGAGGAUGGUCUACUAGGGAGCUUAGAACUAUUCUUCGAGGACUGGAGAAGCUGAAUCUGAUUGCUGCUGAUAUCGUUGAAGUUGCACCUGCCUAUGACACAAAUGCCGAGCACACCACUAUGGCUGCUGCUGAUGUACUUUAUGAGGUUAUGAGUAUUAUGGUGAAGAAGGGGCCGUUGAGCAAGAUGCUCUCUGCGGAAGAAAACUAUGAGCUGUAG